AUCAAAACCCCAUUAAAAUUGGGAUUUCUUUAUUUUAUGUGCUUGGAUUGUGCUCGUGAUAUAUUCAAAUUAAAAGUGAUUACGCGGACUAGAAAGUGCAGCAAUGAAGCCAUUUGAAGAUCUCAAAGCUCCCCACUUUACGGUGGAGUACCAGGGAACCACUUUCACGUACGCCAGUCCGAAACUCGGAGAAGCCUCCUUCGACUUUUUAGCGCAAACGAUCAGAGGAAAAGACCCAAGCGCAUGCAGAACUAUUUUGAUUUGUCAGCAAAACUCCGAGGCCGAGCAUCUGAAAUCGGAGCUCGCCGGUCGUGAUGUGAACACUAUUCUCCUGGAGGCGGAUGACCCGAUGGCCCACCAAGUGCUGCUCCUCUGGUCAAAAGGGUACAUCCACCAAGCUCUGAUUCUUUGCGAUCCCAUGCUUAACUUUCUUGAGGGAUUUGAGGUAAAUUUCGUGAUCCACACAACGCUGCCGCCGUUGAAAAAGUUUGAGGAACGUUUGGAGAGGCUUAGCAAGUCGGAAAUUAAAGCCGAGAUGUUGGUUAUAACUGCACAAAGCGGGGAAAAUGAGGUUUCUGAAAUAAAACCAAAGGCAGAUAUGGGGGAAUCCCCAAAGAUCGAAGUAAAUGGUAGUCCCAAAAUGGAAAGUAAACCUGAUCCGGAAGUGCAACUACCUCCGCAAAAUAAGUCCUUCAAAGAUAUAAAACCAGUGGUCAAGAUGGACCCCAAAUAUUUGCAGAACCUAAGUGAAAAGGAUAUCGAAAUGUUUAAAUCUUCAAAAGAUGGUAAAGCGCAGAUGGAGGCCUUUGCAAAAGCUGUUUUUUAUCCAUCCGGUCCGUUCUCUGGUAUAAAAGACUUCAAUUCUCCUGUAGCCCUCGAGAGAAUCCCAAAACCUUUGGAUGAUAUCCAACUGGAUGAAAAUAAGGAUCAAUCAUCCUUAAAGGUAGACGACUUUAUGGAAAAGUUUCUCAAAUUGGGCUACGUUAAGUCCCAAAAUCCAGAAACCCCAAAUCUUGAUCAGGAACCAAGUUCUUUAAAAGUCGAAGAAAAUAUGGCUAUAAUGCUUCCAAAAUGUAGUCCUUCAAAAGUCGAAUCUCCUCCAAAACACUUUCCGGCAGAAAACCUUUCCGUGUUGAGUUCCAAAUAUCCAACACAGACUUCGGAAGUUGAGUUGCAGAGCUUGUUGAUGGCAUGUAGACUUCAAAGUGCUCCUCAAGGCUUAAAGCCUGUACCUUCUCCUCCCAUUGCUCCCAUUGGAGAGUCCCUCUCCCUGAAGCUGCCUCCUGAUCUCGGAGGCAUUGAUGAUACCAAUUCCCUGGAUUCGUACCAAAGUGUGGAGGACUCUCCUCUCGCUUCCACGGAGGAUUCUCUUACUGCAGGGGGAACGACUGUCUAUAAUUAUGGCGUUCUGGCCUGGAGUCGCCAGGUGGUCGUUCCGUGCUACGAUCUGGGCGGAGUGGCGGGCAUAAGCAACACCCUCAGGAAUGCCAUACACCAGCUGGGUGUGGCCAAGUCGCGGGCCAAGGCCGUCCAAAGAUUCGCCUGGCCACAUGUCUCAUCGGGGAAGCCCGUGAUCGUUGUGGGCAAUAUGCAGAUCGGCAAGACCUGGUGCUAUCUGCCCAUCUUUUGCCAGCGGAGCCACGAGGAGCUGCAACGCCGUCCAGUAGAUGGCCAUGGGCCCACCAGCAUCUUUGUGUGCUUCAGUCAAUCGCAGGGCAAUCAGAUCGGCCGCUGGAUGGGCUCGCUCCUCCGUUCGCUGGGCAAUGAGGUGGCCCUGGAGGAAGUGGUCACCUGCUGGGACAAGGACAAAGUGGCGGACAUCGCCUGCCGGCUCAGUCAGCCCGUUGGAAUCCUGCUGACCAGCGUGGACCUGCUGCUCCAACUGUUGUCGCAUCACUCCAAGAAGUCGCCAAUUUUCGAUGUCCGAGCGGUGAAGUAUAUAGCCCUGGAUAACCUGAAUGACAUGGUGCGCCUUUUGCCGGAUGACACGAUGAAGGUGCUUAAACGGUUGCCCGAAAUGUUUGACUUUGCCCAGAAUAAGUGCCAACUCUUUGUGUCCGGUCGGAAUUGGCUGAAUGAUUUGAUGGUGCAGCGCAUUCUGCCGCUGAUGCCCGAUGUCCUUAUCCUAUUCGAUGACGCCUUGGAGGCCAGCAUCUAUGGCGGCGUUGAGCUGGACACUAGGAUAGUGCCGGAUGAGCAGAAAGUCAAGCACUUGGUGGCUGUGAUCAGGGACACCAAUCUCGCCGAGGAGCGUACGGUUGUGGUCUGCUCAAGCGCAGCCGAAGUUCUCCUUCUUCGCCAUACGCUGGAGAAGAUAGGAAUAGAUGUGCAGACCUGCAUCUCGGAGGCGUGCUACCCCCAAGUCACCCAAUGGCGGCGGCAAUCCCUGGCCUGCCUGCUCCUGGUCACAGAUGAUGUGGUGACGAAACUGAGGUGUGGUUCCAUAACCCUGCUCAUCCAUUACAGCUGGUCCACUAGUUGGAUGCGUUUUAAGAACCGCUUCAGCCUGUUCUACGAUAACUACAAGGCGAUUCCGCAAUGGCAACGCGGUCAAUCCGUUAUCUUCGCCCGGGAAACCGAUGUGGAUGCCAUAUGGCUGAUGUCCGACUUCCUGCUGAAGCAUGGCCUUCCGAGGCCCACCCAUUUGCUGAACAUCCUGGCCCAGCGUCGCCUGGCUGAACCGCUUCAUCCGGCUAAGCUCAAGCUGUGCCACCAGAUGACCGCUUAUGGGGAUUGCCUGAGGAACAGCUGCAGGUACCGCCAUCAAAUGUGGCGGCCGGAGGUGCUACCACCGGAUCACUAUCCCACCAAGGGCGAGAUUCGCUUUACGGUCCUAGCUUGCAACAGCCCAGCCAAUCUAUCGGUGCGUCUGAACGAGCAAUUCCCCACGAUGGCCCACUUCCUCAACGUUCCGAUGACCAAUCUGGGGCAGCAAGUGCAGCGGCACUACGAACUGGAGGAGAACCGACACAGGCACCCGAGUCCUGUGCGCGGGGAGAGGGCGGUGGUAAAGAACCUUAACCGCUACGAGCGGGUGGUCAUCCUGGAAGUGGAGAACAGCAAGGUCACGGUGCAACUGUUGGACACGUCCAUUGAAGUCCUUAGCUACAACGCCAGCCAAGUGUACAUCUGCGAAAAGAUUUUUAAGGAUCAACCGAGGGAAGCGAUGGAAGUGAGGAUCACAGGCCUUGAGCCAGGAAGCCUAGAUCGCAUCUGGCCGGAGGAUGUGCGCAAUGUGGUGCGCAACCAGUUCUUCAGCAGAACGCAGAAUAGAAGGAGCCGCGAGUUCUUCGCCGUUGUGCAGGCCACCAUCAAGGAUACCAUCUUCGUUCGGGAUGUGUACGAUUGUGAAGGCAACGACCUCCGCACCUUCCUUACAAAUCGCUUUCGCGUUUAUCAGGAAAAGCGUUGCCUGGAUAAACUUAUUAGGAUGGUGCAGAGCUCCGUGCCCAAACCAUGCCCAAUAAGCCACUAAUUUAAUAUUGAAUCCUGCUUGUCUAAACAUUUUUCAACUCCUUACAAUUGACUUCGAUUCUCUUAUAUAAUAAUGUGCUUGCAUUUAAACUUGAAACGAAAUCGUUUUCACAUUUUGAUCUGAUUUUUGAAAUUUAUUGAACAAUUGCAUUUGAUUAU